AUGUCUGAACCUGAUCCUUCCUCAGGAUUUUCUGGAAGUGUAGAGAAUGGAACUUUCCUUGAGCUGUUUCCCACCUCCCUGUCCACAUCGGUGGACCCGUCCUCAGGUCAUUUGUCAAAUGUCUACGUCUAUGUGUCCAUAUUCCUCAGCCUUCUAGCUUUUCUACUUCUCCUUUUAAUCAUUGCCCUCCAGAGGCUCAAAAAUAUCAUCUCCUCCAGUUCCUCCUACCCAGAGUAUCCAAGCGACGCUGGAAGUUCUUUCACCAAUUUGGAAGUCUGCAGUAUUUCUUCUCAAAGAUCCACUUUUUCAAAUCUUUCAUCAUGA